CGACAGCCAGGAACACGAUCACACGGAAAUACUUAUAACAAUUUCUAAGUACCGUCUGGUUCAUAUCAUACGACAAUUGUUUUAAUCCCGCAUCCCAAGAUGGGUAAAUUAUUUGGCAAGUCACAAUCGUCAAAGGUGGUGAGGGAGACACCGGAUGGUCCAAACGCACCUCCAACUUUCGAGGCAUCAACUCAGCCUCCCGAAUUUCCGCCAUUCAGCACAUCAUUUGCUUCGGUAUCUCUUCACCGAACCGACCGCAUCCGGCUCCUGCAGUUUCCGCUCGACGAGAUUGAGGGAGUUCGUACCGUCAUCCAACGUUUCUGGCCCAAAGGCAUCCAAGAUGAAAGAAUUGUCAACAACUCCCACGAGUUCAAACUCAAUGGAAAUCCGUGGACUGGGAAUUCAAGUAGCGAAAAGACACCCUCUCGCAUCGUAAUGCGGGAGAUACUCGCCCAACUGUUCUCCAGAGGAUGGAUUUUGAUGGUUAGUACGAACAUCAGUAAAAACGAAUAUGACCAAGACACAAUGUUCUUUCGGAAGCAACUCACGCCACCGCCUCCAAGCGAAUGGAUCGCAAUAAGUUUCAAUCGAAAGGACCGUCUUCGGUUGAUUGGAGCUCCUCAGGAGGUUAUCGCGGGUUUCACUGGCGUUCUGCAGAGGAUGAACUUGUUCCUAGACGGACAACUCAAGGACCAGCAGAACAACAUGUACGAGUUCAGGUGCACUGGGCAUCCCUGGAAAGCAAUGGCUGAAGAAACAAUGACUACUCGUCAAUUGUUUCUCAAGAUGCUGGAAACUCUUGAGAGACAUGGCUUCAGUCUCUACGCAAGCUUGAAUCAAAACAACGGAGACGAAGACGACUCACAGCAGGCAGAGAGCUGGUACUGUGUCAGGGACCGAGAUUGGGUUGAAAAUAAGCCAGUAUUUCAUCGUUGAGCGUUUCUUCGAACCCUUUAGUGUGAGUGAAAGCACGUGGGAAAACCCAGGACACAAAAAUAUAAAAACUAGUGGAGGGACAAAUCUUCCUUCGCCCCACAAACAGAUUUUAGUAGUCCAGCAAAAAAACAAAAACAAUCAACAGCCAGGAUUCCCAAAUGGUCACCCACUUUAGUACUAACUGACCGGCAUGUGGCUUAAGUAUGGCUGAGCGAACGGGAAGCCCUGUUCUCCACA